AUUGUACAAAAAUUACAAUCCGUAAGUCUGCCUCAAGCACUUGCAUGGGAUCAAAGUGGGCAAUCCUGAGUGGGAAAGAUGGGCCCCUCUUGCCAGCUUGGGUAGCCAAUCAGAUUAUGGGAUUCCCUCUUGUCAUGAAACUCAUUCUUUUAAGAUGUUGUGUGACAAAAUGAACAACAGCUCUGAGGCGGUCUUAUAGGUAAGUUUCUAAAAGAAACUGUGAUGCUGCGUCAGUGGGGAUAACAACUGAAAGUAAUUUGGGAUAAUCAUCUGAGUUGAUAAUGUAAAUUGGCCACUGUAAAGUGUUUAAAAGCCUAUGUUUCGAACAUUAGCCCUUCAUCAGAGUGAAGACAUUGACAAGAUUGGAAAUUUCAAAAACAUUUUUCCCUCGAUGAGGAAAGAGUUAAACACUGGGCCUCAACUGGUUGACAUUCCCUUCCCUCCCCUCCCCUCCCCCUUUCCGUGGUGAAUGUUGAGGGUUUGUUAUGAGUUGCUGGGAAGGAACACUCAUAAUACAGUAUAAAGUAUGAGCCAUUCUCAAGCCCAGGUAAUUGGGGAGUGAUUGUCAAAAACAUGAAUUCAGCAGGUAGGUAUUUUACAGAGUUAGUAGAUUUUCUGAGAGACUUUCCCCUCUAUUAGUUUUAUACCCACUGUGCUACAGAAGUUGAACUAAACACAAGAUUAUUUUACUUCUAUCUUCCCUGUGUGUGGAGCUAGGUAUACACUGAAUAUGAAUUGUCUAAAUAGAAUUGUUAGGCUUUGCACCAUUUGGGUUGUGUUGAAAAGGUGCUUUUCCUGUUUGACAUCUUGCGUUGUGUAUUUGACUCUCUUUAAUGUUUUGCAAAAGCUCUGAAAUUUCUGUAAAAUGUACAAACUUAUCAUAGGUCAAUGUUAAACUAAUUCAGUUGAAAUUAACCUGUUGUUAUGAUUAAUUUUUGUAGUAAGAAAGUUUUUUUCAUUUUUUCUUCUGGUACUUCCAAGAGUUAAAGAUGAUCAUUUCUAAAUUUCAGCUUGAGUGAAUAUGUUGUCAUUACUAAUUAGUGUUGUUAAGUAGUGUUUAUUAUCUUGACUUCAGGUACCUGCAUGAGUAUUGGGUGAUUGUCUCCAGAGCUGUCCAGAAUGUCCGCUAAUAGAGUUGGUAUUUCUUUAAAAGUUGUGUAUAUAGAUGACGAUAGUCAAGAGAGUCUUUCUUACUCAGGAGAAACAAUCUUGCUUCCAUUAAUUCUACCCCCAGCCUGGACAUUAACUGGGACACCUAUUCAAUUUAGUGCCACAGAAGAGUCAUUGGGUGAUCAAGUUUGGGGAUGUACCAGUGUUCGUAAAGAAAGGCUUCAAAACAUUACAGCAAUGAAUGUUUACUGUAAAAACAGUACUGAUGAAUUGCGCUUAGAAGACUAUAACUACCUGAAGAAGUCAACAGGAACAAUUACAACAGGAAUGACAGUUACAAGUUCUUCCAUUUGGGGUAGGCCCACUUUAUCAUCAUUUGGUGCCAAAAAAACGGAACAGAAAUCCUCCGCCCGUAAUCCUGUCAGUCGAGCAAACCAAGAGUCUAGAUCAUCCAGUGGUGUGGUUUUUACAAGCCCAAUGUCCACAGAUCCUAGCACAGUUAGCGCUCAAGUACAACAACCGUCACACAGGUUUUCUUUUUCUCCGAUAAUAAAUUUUACGGCACAAACUUCUGCAGAUCCUCGCGAAGUGUUUCUUCCUCCAGCUGACGAGGCAGGGCCAGCGCCAACCCUUACUGUUUUAGAAGGGAAAGAAUUAAUGGACUCCCUCCUUGAGAGCAUUGUCAAAUGCAUGCAAAUCCAGAAUUCUCUCUACAGACUUGUGUUGCUCAAACUGGAGCGGUGGCCUGUUGAACCUAAAGAUGGAAAUGAUGCUCUCCCAGGGCCCAAGGCUAGUAAUAGGAAAAGCACGGGAAAGAAUCAGGAUUGUGAUCCAGGGACUCUCCUGCGUGAGCUCACAGCCCCUUUAGAGGCCUUAAUGCGCUCUGCAGAAAUUCAAAGAGGACUUUUUCAAAGAAUGAUCGCUGUGAACUCGAUGAUAGCCGACGAAUCCGCUGAGCCGCCUAACGAUGACGUAUCUUCAAGGGAGGGUCAAGAAUCCAAUCAGUUAAAUAUGCUGACGGUUCUUUCCAAGCUUGAGGAGAUCGCUUUUAGAACAAAAAUGCCUUGUUACUACGCAAGAAACCCUUUCACGAGCCAGGAAGUUAAAGCAAUAACUAGCGACGAUGUCGUGCAUCAUGUAUGUCAGGAUAAACGUCCCUUCUCAAAAGCCGUUAGCAUUAGGGCGAGUGGUCAGCGGGAACUUCCUCAUGGUUAUGGAUCCCUGAAAACCGUGACAGGGAAACUUUUAUACACAGGAGACUGGUGUAGAGGCAAGCGACAUGGCAAAGGUGAAGGGUUUAUUCUAUCAGUAACUAAAGUGGAUAGCAGCCCAGUCGCUAUCGAUCAUGGAAUCUACAGUGGAGGAUGGAAAAAUAACAUGAGGCAUGGCAAGGGGAAAAUGACGUUUGUGUCUGGGGUCGAAUACGACGGUCAGUGGCAGUAUGACAAAAUGACUGGGUAUGGGACUUUGAAGUUCCCGGAUGGGACCAUACAGGAAGGGACAUUGAGGGAUGGGUCGUUGGACGGCUGUGUUCUAUUCACCUGGCCACAUGGUGUCACAGAGUACCGCGAAUACAGACGAGGUCAAGGUCAGCUGACUUGCUCGAAGAUUGACAAAGAAACUGCCGUAAGACUUACACAGAUGAGUUACAUUAGAUCUCAGCUCCUCGCCUUGCGUGAAUGUGCGGCUGAUUUAAAGGAAGAGAACUCGACUCUCAAAGACGAACUGAACACAUUAAGGGCAGGACAGGCUGAGUUGAACACAAAGCAUAAAGCAGCUCUUUUGGAACUUCGCAAGUGGUUUGACGUUCAGCGCGAGCUCGACUCCGAAAAACUACAGAAAGAGUUCGAACAGAAAGUGAAGGACGCAGAAGAGAGCAAAUCGAAAAGCUCCGAAAGAAUACGAGAAUUAGAAAAGGAGCUGGAAGAAGCGAAAGGAGGGCAGCUGUGCCAGAUUUGUUUUGAAAACCCACGUGACUGUAUCAUUAUGCCUUGCACUCAUUUGCUGUAUUGUAGGGCAUGCGUGGCUGAGCAUAAAAGGAAAGGUGAUUCUCGUUGCCCUACCUGCCGUGGGCCUAUCUCCGGAGAAAUGUUGUGUAAUGUGAACCACUAAUCAGGGAAAAUUUUGACGUUUUGAAAAUGGACUCAAAUGUUAGCCAGUAAUUCUCCUAAUUAGCCGUCUUCUGACGAACUCUCUAUGUUUGUGUGCAAAGUCAUUUUUGGUGGGCCUAGUUUUACUUUGGUGACAUAAAAGGUUACUUUAUUCUU